AUGACGACCAGGUCAAUCCUCGUAGCGGAUCUGUCGCUCGCAAGCUUGGUAUCUUCACGGACCGCUGGCAACGUGGCUCCAACCCUUGAAAAGGUUCCAAGCGAUUCUGCCGCUUCAGGCAUCGACUACUUCGACUUCGAAACAUUACAAUUAACUAUAGAGGUCAUUGACACACUGUCAAAGUCGAAUUUCUCGGCAGUGAAUUUGUUCGACUUCGGCAACGAAGAUGCCAAAGAAAUAGAACGUACUUGCAAGGUAUUCCCGGGCGAUGCUGCUUGGACUUCCGACUCGACAUGGUUCUAUUUUGAUCGUCUCACCGGAGGGGCGUUGGUUGAUGGUGUGCCGCCCGCAGCGCCGUGUUACGAAGAUUGGCCACAAUUCGACGAAGCCAAGUGUGAGGAGAUCACGUCGAAGUGGUCAUCGCCCCAGUUCCAGAUGUCUGCACCUACAGGACUGGAUUUUCCGUUGUACGAAGGAGUCAGCUGCAUCCCUCCCAAUGUCGCUCGCCCCGGGGCCGAGUGCACCCAGGGUGGCAACCCUUCUUACGUUGUGAACGUCACAAAUGUUGCUCAAAUCCAACUUGCGGUCAACUUCGCCCGCAACCUCAACCUCCGUUUGAAUGUCAAGAACAAGGGGCAUGACUUCAACGGCAAGUCUACCGGUGCUGGUGCACUGUCUGUAUGGACUCAUCACCUGCAAGAUAUUCGUUAUCUCGGCCCCAACUACACACACGCUGUCUCCGGAUACACGGGACCGGCUUUGAAGAUCGGCUCCGGCGUGACGAUGCUGGACUUUUACGAAGCGGCGGACAAGGAAGGUCUUCAAGUAGUGGGGGGCAUUGCUCGGACCAUUGGAAUCGGAGGAGGUUAUAUCGCCGGUGGAGGCAAUGGCCCGUUGAUGUCCGCAUACGGCACCGGCGCUGAUCAGGUACUCUCGAUGGAAGUAAUAUUGCCCAACGGCCGCUUCGUAUCCGUCGAUGAGCAGAACUACCCGGACCUCUUCUUUGCCCUUCGCGGCGGCGGCGGCAGUACCUGGGGCAUCGUCACCUCUCUCGUCGUGCGGGCCUACCCCAAGACGCCCAUCACAUCUCUCAGCUACAGCUUCAGCACCGCCAACGUUUCUGUGGAUAAGUUCUGGUCCGGGGUUGACGCCGUCUUUGCCGUGUUUCCCGAGUACGCCGAUGCCGGAAUGUUUAGCCAUUGGUCCCUGACAUGCGCUGGGGCUACGGACUGCAAUUUUUCCAUGCUUCCCCAGCUGGGAAUCGACAUGAACGCUGAAAAGCUCAAAGCUGUCUCGGCUCCCCUCUUCGCCAAUCUGUCGACGCUUCAGGUUCCCGUCUCUGGCAUCAAGUACACCGAACUCAACGGCGUGCGCGAUGCUGUCCUCAAUACCUGGGGUCCCGAAGGAGAGUCGGCCGGUGGAUGGGGUUUCCAUACCGCCUCUCGUCUAUUCCCACGGUCCAACUGGGAAGAUCCUGAAAAGUUAGCCGCGCAGACGAGUGCCCUGCGUCAGAGCGCUGAGAAGGCGGGUUACGUCCUUGGUUAUAACAUCAAGACGGGAGCGAAUCCUUCCGUCAACCAGACCAACGCCGUGAACCCUGCUUUCCGCGAGACACUCAUGCACGUCAUGCUUGGUGCGACAUGGGGCCAGGAGGCCACGCCUGAAGAUAUUGCGGCGGCGAGCAAGAACCUGGUCGAGCUUUUGCAACCAUGGCGUGAGGCCAGCCCUGGUGCGGGUACUUACCUUAACGAAGCGGAUAUCAACGAGCCGGACUGGCAGCAAGCAUUUUAUGGUAGCAACUACGAGUACUUAUACCAGCUCAAGCAGAAGUAUGAUCCGUGGGGUGUGCUGUAUGCUGCCACUGCAGUUGGGUCCGAAGACUGGUAUAUCACCGACCAGAUUGAUUACUACCCCACGCAGAACGGGCGUUUGUGUCCCAAGUAG